AUGUCUUUCGGCAAGGUCUACGGCUUCCAGGGCCACCCUCGCACCCAGCCCAUCCUGGCUGUUGCUAAGGAGAACGGUCUCGAUAUCGAGGUCGUCACUGCUACUCCUCCGGACAACGUCCCCGAGGGUCUGCGCAAGGCCAACGCCCUGGCCAAGAUCCCCACCUUCGAGGGUGCCGAUGGCUACACCCUCCACGAGUGCAUUGCUAUUGCCGUGUACGUCACCUCCCAGAACGAGAAGACCACCCUUCUCGGCAAGACCAAGCAGGACUACGCCUCUAUCCUGAAGUGGAUGUCCUUUGCCAACUCCGAGAUCCUCCCCAACCUUGCUGGUGCUUUCCGCCCCAUCAUCGGCAAGGCCCCCUACAACAAGAAGGCUGUUGAGGAAUCCCUCAAGACCGCCCUCAAGAACGCCGCUGUUGUUGAGCAGCACCUUACCCAUAACACCUACCUCGUUGGUGAGAGGCUCACUCUUGCCGACAUCUUCGCUGUCAGCCUGUUCUCGCGCGGCUUCGAGUACUUCUUCGACAAGAAGUGGAGGUCUGAGAACCCCGCCACCACCCGCUGGUUCGAGACCGUCUGGAACCAGCCCCUCUGGCUCGCCGUCUCGGAGCCCUUCAAGUUCAUUGACGAGGCCAUCAAGAACCAGCCCCCCAAGCAGGAGGCCAAGCCCAAGGCUGAGAAGCCCAAGGCUGCUGCCCCCCCUCCUACCACCACUGAGGAUGAGCCGGCUCCUGCCCCCAAGGCCAAGCACCCUCUCGAGGAGCUCGGCCGCCCCACCUUCCAGCUCGACGACUGGAAGCGCAAGUACUCCAACGAGGAGACCCGCGAGGUCGCCCUUCCCUGGCUCUGGGAGAACGUCAACUUCGAGGAGUACUCGCUGUGGCAGGUUGACUACAAGUACAACGACGAGCUUACCAUGACCUUCAUGACCUCCAACCUCAUUGGCGGUUUCUUCGCUCGUCUUGAGGCCAGCCGCAAGUACAUCUUCGGUGCCGUCUCGGUCUACGGUGUCACCAACGACUCCGUCAUCAAGGGUGCCUUCCUCGUCCGUGGCCAGGAUGCGCUCAAGGCUGUCGAUGUUGCUCCCGACUACGAGAGCUACGAGUUCACCAAGCUCGACCACACCAACCCCGAGCACAAGGCGUUCGUCGAGGACCAGUGGGCGUGGGACAAGCCCAUCGAGGUCAACGGCAAGACGUACGAGUGGGCCGACGGCAAGGUCUUCAAAUAG